AUGGACCCAUUACUUUGUAUUUCCGUUGGAAAAGAGUCGAUUGAAUUGAACUUUCCAAUGGCUCUUAGCGACCAAUUUGUUAUUUCACACGAUGUUACGGCGGGCGUCAAAAAACAGGCCGUUUCUAAACAGAAGAUCUAUUCUUUGGCUGACUUAAAAAAGAAAGGAAAACUCGUAGAUAUCAUGAGGAAUGCCAUCAGAACCAAAGAUUUUAGUCAAGUCGACAAUGAAAUCAUACGAUUAGUGAAGCCGUUUCUAUACAAUGAGGGCGAAGGCAAAAAAGUGCCGAUUUCUCACUUAAUAAAGUUACGCAAUAAAGACGGAAAGUUUAGCAACAAAUUGAACAUUAAUUUAAACGAUGAAGAAAUAGAUGAAGAGAUUCAAGAAAUUGACAGCAAGACAGUUGUGAGGACGAGAUUAUACAAUCUUUUACACUAUUGUCUUCCCAACAGUUUGCGUAACACAAGGGAUCAGUUGGCGAAUCAGUAUUGCAUAUUUUUAGUGGCUACACCCAUUCACACAGAAUUGGCCCGACGUUUGGUCAGAAUAUUCCCAAAGCUAGUGAACGAUAUUUAUUUGGACGACGAAUACUAUGGAGAGGGAGCGCUACAUAUGGCAGUUGUGAAUGAAGACCUAUCAAUGGUUAAGUUCCUAUUGAACAAUGGGGCGGAUGUGAGGGCCCGAUGUAUCGGCAAAUUCUUCUGCGCUGACGAUCAGAAGGAGACGCGCGAAGAAGUCUUAGAACACGAAUCCUAUGUCAUGAAAGUUGAGACCAAUUAUAUGGGGCAUGUCUAUUGGGGAGAAUAUCCGCUUUCAUUUGCUGCAUGUCUUGAACUCGAAGACUGUUAUCGACUACUCUAUGCAAAGGGCGCUAAUCCUGACAAUGAAGACACAAACGGCAAUACAGUUCUACACAUGACUGUCAUCUCUAAUAAAAUGGGAUGCAUUGUUUUGAGUGUAAAGAAUAAGCAAAGUCUCACACCAUUGUGUCUGUCGGCCAAACUUACCAGAAUCGAAAGAGAAGUUUUUUGGCAAUUCUGUGAACAGGCCUUCGAUGCCUAUCCUCUUGAGGAGAUUGACUCGAUUGAUGUGAACACCGGACAAAUCCGCACAACCAAUGCGUUAAGUGUUGUGGCAUUUGGAGAGUAG